CAGUCGCGCCGAUAUGUCAAUGCAGACGCGACCCAGACAGACCUCGGCCCUGGGGCCCAGCCGUGAGAGCCGCGUCGUGAUUGGCUGAGCGCCGCCGUCCUUUUGAGACUCGCCUUCCUAUUGGCUGGAGCCGGGCGAGACGCUCACUCGCACAAUGUCUACCCGCUUUUGUUAUUGUAGCGAGCGGCCAGGAUGCGGAGACAGCGAGCCUGAUAGUCCGCUAUCGACUCCGAUACACUCAAAUUAGAUGUUGGAGGGGGAAGGGGGACAAGAUUUACUACCUCGCCGUCCUUGUCCAGAAGACAGCUUUUCGCUAUUCUCCAACAAUACGACCGAUGUCAGGAUGUCCGUAAACCCUCCCAACAGUAAUGACGCCUGCCUCAGUAUCGUGCACAGCCUCAUGUGCCACAGGCAGGGCGGCGAAAAUGAGGGCUUCGCCAAGCGUGCCAUCGAGAGCCUGGUCAAGAAACUGAAGGAGAAGAAGGACGAGCUGGACUCCCUCAUCACCGCCAUCACCACCAACGGAGUCCAUCCCAGCAAGUGUGUGACCAUCCAGAGGACGCUGGACGGACGCCUACAGGUUGCCGGUCGUAAAGGUUUUCCUCAUGUAAUCUACGCGCGGUUGUGGCGCUGGCCUGACCUUCACAAGAACGAGCUGAAGCAUGUGAAAUUCUGCCAGUACGCAUUUGACCUCAAAUACGAUAAUGUCUGUGUCAACCCUUACCAUUACGAGAGAGUGGUGUCACCAGGCAUCGUUGGUCUCAGUCUUCAAAACACGGGUCCCACUGGCAGACUAAUAAAGGAAGAGUACAGCCACGACUGCAUUCAGAUGGACGUUCCCCCAGGCCUGCCUCCUCAGCAGGACCACCAGGGGGCGAUGAAACUCCCUCCUCCGGACCACUACGGCCAGCCACUGCCUCCUCUACAGCUGCCUUCAGAACCCAGCCGCGCCCCCCCACCGGUCACCCUUUACUCCAACAUGCCCCUCUCCCCCACCGCUUCAGGCUCUAUGAUGCCGAUGCAGGGAGGUCACGGUGAAGGCUUACUUCAGAUUGCGUCUCCUCAGGGUCAAGUCAUGGCCCCUACACCCCCCUCCACCCCCACACAUGGACCCCCACAGACCCCCGUCCCACCCCAGCCUCCACCCAACCAGAACGGCUACAACAGCUCCAAACACUCCCAGACGCAAAGCUCCUUUCACACAACCUGGACAGGCAGCAGCACAGCCUCCUACACUCCUGUAGGACCCCAGCAAAACGGACGUGGCCACCAGCCUCCUCUCCACCACCCACACUUCUGGUCUCAACAUCACAGUUCAGCAUCUUUCCCCCCUCCAGUCUCCAACCAUCCAGGUCCCGAGUUUUGGUGCUCCAUCUCCUACUUCGAGAUGGACGUGCAGGUGGGGGAGAUGUUUAAAGUGCUGUCCAGCUGUCCGGUGGUGACGAUUGACGGGUAUGUGGACCCCUCAGGAGGCGACCGCUUCUGCCUGGGUCAGCUCAGUAAUGUGCACCGCACAGACGCCAGUGAGCGCGCCAGGUUGCACAUAGGUAAAGGAGUGCAGCUAGAGUGCCGCGGCGAGGGCGAUGUGUGGAUGCGCUGCAUGAGCGAUCAUGCUGUCUUUGUGCAGAGUUACUACCUGGACAGAGAAGCGGGUCGGGCGCCAGGAGAUGCAGUGCACAAAAUCUAUCCAGGGGCCUACAUAAAGGUCUUUGACCUCAGGCAGUGCCACAGGCAGAUGCAGCAACAGGCGGCCACGGCACAGGCGGCGGCGGCAGCGCAGGCCGCGGCGGUGGCAGGGAAUAUUCCAGGACCAGGAAGUGUUGGUGGAAUCGCUCCUGCAGUCAGCCUCUCGGCAGCAGCAGGGAUUGGUGUGGAUGAUCUCCGGAGGCUGUGCAUCCUGCGCCUGAGCUUCGUGAAGGGCUGGGGUCCUGACUACCCCCGGCAGAGCAUCAAGCACACCCCCUGCUGGGUGGAGGUGCAUUUGCACCGGGCACUGCAGCUGCUGGACGAGGUGCUGCACACUAUGCCACUGGCAGACCCUGGACCGGCUAACUGAGAGCGAACAAUACACAGCAAACACUCACCACACAGAUACUAGACACACUACAGUAAGCGUGCGAAGAGCAUUACGUGCUACAGUGUGCUUCGCACUUUUAUCAGUCAUUAGAAUACCAAUGAAAACACCACAGAAAUUCACUAUUCUAAAAUUCAUGUUUUGGAAAGAUAUUUCAGUGCAUUUUCUUGUUCUAUAGUGAAACGAUGCAUUUCUUUUUGGGUUAAUCUCACAAAAACAUGUCUAGGUCAUAUUUCGCUCUAAUAUCAAAAAUAUAUUUGCUUAAAGACAAUGAAGACUGGUUUUAGGAAAUUUUUAAUUUUUUUGCAUUAUGACUAGGGUUGCAAAGGGGUGGAAAAUUUAUGGAAAUUUCCCAAAAAUGGAAAAUUCCCCAAAUUUCCAAAGAAUUCUAGAAAUUUACCAGAUGUUUUCUGCCCCUAUGCAGCCCUAAUUAUGACAUUUAUUUUUUAAUUAAUUAAGCACAUUUUCCUGCCAAAUUCUGAAUCAUUCCUGCCAAAAGAACUGAACUGUUUCCAGAUGUUUUGAGUUUGUUUGUUUAUGCAAUGGUGAUUCUUAUCAGAUUACUGUAUAUUUUUUUUUUAUACAAUGAUUUGUUUUAAUAAAUUCAGCAUAAAUUAAGGGAGGUCCAACAAAUAUAAUUACAAUUACAGUUAUACAAAUAUAAUAAUUAAUAUUUGUACAUUAGUCGUGGUAUUUUUUGAACUGUCAGGUAGUAUUCUCAUUAAAUAUUUAAAAGUAUAAUUGUUAUAUAUUUAUAUAAGAAUAGUAAUGAAUAAUAAAGAAUAAAAGAAUAAUAAUGUCAGAUAUAUAUAUCAUGAUCAUUUUAAAAAUAUUAUUUCAAUGAGAAUUGGGGGGAAUAUGAUUUAUUUAUCAUGAAAAUAAUUCUGUAAUUUUUAUUUAUUUUUUUGCAUUUUCUUUAUACAGAAUAUCAUUUUCUAUUUCUUUCUCUUGUUUUUAUUGUGAAAUAUGGCCUUGACAUGUUCUUGAUGGGAUUUGUGAGACUCAUCCGUUCAAAUUAGAUGUAUAUACCUUAGCGCUAUAGGUCUACUAAUGAAUGCAAGUUUACACAGGGUUGAUUGCAGAUUAAGUUCAGGGAAAUAGCUUUAUUGUUCAUAUGCCUUUCUAGCUUUGCACAUCAUGCAGUUAUACUAAGAAUUUUAGAGCCUAAUAGUUUUGCAAUACUGGUAGAAAAAGCUUAAAAUUUAAUUUAUGGGUCAGUGUCUGAACAUAAAGCAAAAGGCAAGAGUAACUGCCGCUUUUGCAGUGGCCUUGGUUCCAGAAGUAUUUUUCCAUUCAUUCACUCCAUGAGAGUUCUGAGCUACAAGAUGAACAUUGCAAAACAUAUGCAUUUUAAAUUUAAAUGAGUUCGUACACUAUAUAUUUGAAGUUUAUGGCAAAAUAUUUGUUCAGAUAUUGGGUAGUGAGAUUGACUCGAAUCUCUGUGGAGAAAAUGAAUGGUAUUUUUACUUUUGGAGCCAUACGGUUGUGCUCCAUUACACUCUGGUAUCACACAUACACACAACACGGUCAAAGACGACACAAGUGAGGAAGAGACUUUUCAACCUCCAAUCAAGUUUUUUGCAUAAACUCAGAAUAUCUUGAGAUCCACGGGUUUGGUAGCACUAAAUGCCUCAGAGCAAAUCGCUAUAUUGGCGCUGGUCACUUCAGGAAGCGUUGGAAAGGACCAGCUGAUGUUGAUGCAAACCUGCCUCUGAGAGACAAACUGAACCAGACAGAUAACAGGACAAACUGUCAAAACAAAAUGCUCAUCAUCUCUGUGCUUGUGCUGUGCUCCUCUACAUGUGGACCUCAACUCAGCUAUGAUGCUGCUUACUAUCCAGGCAUCUUAUUAGUUAGACUUGCAAUAGCCUUCCAGCUCCUUUAUUUUCAUACCAAAAAAAAGAAGAAAAAAAUUGUUCAGCUUUAAAAUGGUGGUAUUAGUAUUGUGAUGCAGUUCGGUGUUUGUAACCAAAUCAUUUGCCAUGUGGUGUAAGUCACCAAAGCCAGAUUACCUCAUGAUAAUCAAGCAUGAACCCAGUGGAUUUUUCUUUAUGCCAAAAUGUGUCUGGAAUCUUCUACCUUCUGGACCUCAUGCUCACCUCAUUCUUUAACCAAAUCAAAACAGGGCGUGUCUUGAACCGAAUGUAGAGCCUUGAUGCACCGACUGACCGAUUUCAAACAACGGGUUUUUGCCAACACCAGUUACUCAGCUUUAGCAUUUAUCUCACCCAGAAACUCAUGUCUGGAUUGUGACCAAAAUUCAGCCCUAUACCACUAUAACUUUUUGCAAACGGGUAGAACAUCUAAACUUCACACUUUGAGCAAUGAACAUUAUUGUUUUGCUGCCUUCCCAAAUUGAAAUGUCUAUAUUUUACUGUACACUUACAGUAAAUUAUGCAUUUAUUGAAAAGACCCUUCAUUUUGGUUUAUUUAAGAUGUACAUCCAGUACAAAUGCAAAUAUUUCGUAACUGAAAUAUAAUAGUAAAUGUGGAACCUCAUUAUAGAACGUUAAAGUCAACAUGAAAUCAAGAUUCAUCCAGUUUACCUGAUCUUAUAUUAUUGACACCACAGGAAUAAAUUACAUUUUCAAAUACAUUUCAAUAGAAAACACUUAUUUUAGAUUGUAAAAUAUUUCAUUAUUAUUUUUGUUUUACAGAGCCCUAGGAGACAUGAGAUAGGGAGGAAAAAUUCUAUUUUGUAAAAUGAUAACAUUUUUAUUUUCAUUUUGUAUUAUAGUAUUGCAUUCCGCCAAGAAACCUUGCAUUCUCUCACAAAUUUGCGUAAUUUGCAUUCUUUCGCAAAAAUGUGCGUUCUUGUAAAAUAUUUGCGAUCUCUUGCACAACAUUUGUCAUCUCUGAAAAUAUUUGCAAUCUCUUGUAAAAAAAAAAAAAAAAAAGAAAAAGUGAUUUCUUGCAAAAAAUUUGCAAUCUCGUAAAACAUUUGCCGUCCCUCGUAAAACGUGAAAUCUCUCACAAAACAAUUGUGAUCUCUCGUAAAACAUUUGCAAUGUUGCACAAUAUUUGCCAUCUCUCGCAAAAUAUUUGCGAUUUCUUAUAAACAUUUGCCAUCUCUUGGAAAAUAUUUGAGAUCUCUUAUGAAAAAAAAAAUUGUGAUUUCUUGCAAAAAAAAUAUGCAAUCUCAUAAAACAUUUGCGAGGUCACGUAACAUUUGCCGUCCCUCGUAAAGCGUGAAAUCUCUCACAAAACAAUUGUGAUCUCUCGUAAAACAUUUGCAAUGUUGCACAAUAUUUGCCAUCUCUCGCAAAAUAUUUGCGAUUUCUUAUAAACAUUUGCCAUCUCUUGGAAAAUAUUUGAGAUCUCUUAUGAAAAAAAAAAUUGUGAUUUCUUGCAAAAAAAAUAUGCAAUCUCAUAAAACAUUUGCGAGGUCACGUAACAUUUGCCGUCCCUCGUUAAAUGUGAAGUCUCUCACAAAACAAUUGUGAUCUCUCGUAAAACAAUUGCAAUGUUGCACAAUAUUUGCCAAUUCUCAUAAAAUGUGAAAUCUUUUACAAAAAAUAUUUGUGAUCUUGUAAAACGUGUGAUUUUCUCCUGAGCAUUUGCGAACAUCUCGCACAACAUCUCGUAAAAUAUUUGCAAUCUCUCAUAAAACAAUUGCGAUCUCUCGUUAAACAUUUCGUUAGUGUUCCACUGAGAAACUUUGCAUUCUUAUGCAAAACAUUUGCUUUGAUCACUUGUAGCAAGAGAACGCAAAAGCAUUGAAAUACAAUUUUUCCUCCCUUUAGGGCCUCCGUAGUUUUUACUGCAUUUUUGAUCAAAUAAAUGCAGACUUCUUAUAAAAACAUUACAAAAUCUUACCAUCCCUAAACUGCUGAACAAUAUUGUUUACGACGCCCACUUACUACAGCAGUUGGCUGUGAAAUAUGUUACAUUACGGGAGUAAAUACUUUGCAAAUGGCAUUUCAUGUUGACUUUAAUCAGUGCUUGAAAAGUGUUAUCUGUGAUUAGUCACAACUUAAAGAGAAACUAUUUAGUAGAGGAUCGUAUGAUGUUCUGCGUUCCCAGUAUUGUUUCCAUUGUAGUAAUCUUUGUGCCUUUCCUUUGUGCUCCUUUGUUCAUAGAUAGAUAGAUUCUGCAAUUACUAAAAAGCCCUUCCCAGUGAUUCUCACGUUGAUUAUGAACAUCGCAAACCUUCUAUUGGUCUGAAAUGUUCCAGUAGUUUUAAGCAAUGAAGUACGUCAGGGAUGUUUUAGUCGUCUUACAGUCAUCGAGUGUUUUCGGGUUUUCGUCUGGACCCCACAUGACGUUUGUAAAUUGGGCGAUGCAAAAGAUGCAAACUCUUCAUCUGCAGGGUUGUUCACAUCGGCUCAGGUCACGUAGAGAAUUAUGAGCCUUUCGGGAAAUUUAUUGUAAAGCAUAAUGCCUUGUUUUAUUUCUUUUUCGUGGCCGUCGGUUGCUAUAAAACAUUCAAUUUAGAUGUCAGGUAUGCUCAUUGUUUUGAUGAGUGCCUUUGUGCUGUAUUUCAUUGGAUAUGUGUUACACAUACAUACACUGCGGAUUAAAUGCUAAUUACAGUAAAGCUGUAGUUUUAAUACAGAUUUCAAAGGCACUUUGCAAUGUACGCAAUCAGUGUUGAGUUAUCUUUAAACCAGUAUGCUAUCUUGAGGUCAUUUUGGGUGAAAUAGAUUUAAGCUCUCGCAUUACGCAUCCAAUACACACCUCGGUGGUGUAAAAACAUACGUGUUGUAUUUAAAGAUUAAACAUUUAUAAAAUAGACAUAGGCAGGUAUCUAAAUGUCAUUAGCAACUUCAGUGCAUAACUUGCUUAGACUUACAGGUAUGAUUCGAAACAUUUUAUUGGCUUAAACCGUUUGCCAAUUAUAUUACACGGUUCUCUGUCAUUUCACGGUUUAUUUUGCCUUAAAAAAUGAAAAUAUUUUACAAUUGAGCCCACGACGUUGUGACAAACGUACAGUUACUACUUCCAUUGUAGAGUAACUUCACAUGAUUUCUCCCUCAUUAGCUACUGUGUUCUGCACUGUAAUUUAGAUUUCAUUCACUGUAUUAAAGGUUUAGAAAUUACUCCAAAAGUCCAAAGGAUGACUUUUUUUUUUUUUUUCCUCAAAAAUAUGUGGCCUAGUCCCUUGUAACACUUUAACUAGAACGUGUGUGUUUUUUUUCACUGAUGGCGCAUACUGUAUUGUGUAAGGAUACAACCAACAUGUGUGUCAGUAACAUGACAAUCACCCAACUGGAAGUCAGAUCAACAGCAUUCCAUAUGAAAACUAUUUCUUACAAGUAUUUAUCAGUAUGUUAUCCAGUGUGAAUAUAUUUGAAUUGACUAUUUUAUUGAUAUUGUCAUUUCAAUUCUUGUUGUUAUUAUAAUUAUUCUAUUGUUAAAGGACAUUCUGCUCCUGUAUGUUGACUGUACACCAAAGUAAAAAAAAUCAUUUUGAUACA